AUGAGGAUCUUCACACCUUUGUUCCAAUCUGCCUACAAACUGCCCGCUAAACCCACCAAAUCGUCCAACAAACUGUUGAAAGAUGUGUUUGCAGUGGUAAAAGAGAACCCAGUUCCAGCAGAAGCGAGCCUGCGGUUGGGGUCCGACGACACAUUCCUGGUAUUUAGAACGUACAAUCCGUCGCUCAAAAAGGAAGAUUUCCAGUCUAUUAUCAAUCCGCUUUCCAGUGCUCUAGAAUUGCAGGCAAUAAAGAAUUCGUUCGAGAUAACCAGGUUCAGAGACUCCAGGUACUUCACGUUCCUCGAUAAGUACGUGCUACGGUUCCCGACUCAGAUGGAAUUGAAGCAGUACUUGCUAUCGACGAAGAUGAGUAUGUUGGACGACAGGAAGGUGAGGUUCGGAAUCAAGGACACGAAGGGCAUCCAGCGAGACUUGUGCAAUUAUUAUGUGAACUUGAUGAACGCGCGUGAAUCUGCUGAGGCUUAUAAGAACGGGUUGGUAUUGGAUCGAUCUGACGAUAGUAGCGGUAAUAACAUUAAUAGUAAUAGUUCUGGAGCUGUUUCGGCGAUUGACUGGGAUGCUCUACAGGAAACGGAACGUAAAUCGGUAGUCGUAUGGAACCUCCCGCAGGAGUGGGACGAAACCACAUUGCAGGAACGAUUCUGGUGGUAUGAUAUACACCACUCGUUCCCCUUGCUGGUGAACCAGGAGAAAAAUACGUCCUUGACGUUCAUAUAUUUCAACGAGAUCAGAGAUGCGUACCUGUUCAAGAACAAUUUCCACGGAGCUCUGGUGGAAGGAAACAGAUUAAUGAUAGAGAAGUUGUAA